AUGGCUGUUUUGAAAAACACAACAUUAGAUGAAAUGGUGUGUUAUUCACCAACUAUGAUAACAACAAAUGGGAUAUGGCAAGGAGAUAACCCUUUGGACUAUGCUCUUCCUCUCUUCAUCCUACAAGUUAUUUUAGUUGUUAUUGCCACACGUAUCUUCGUUUUCAUACUCAAGCCCAUUCGUCAACCACGCGUCAUAGCUGAAAUCUUGGGAGGGAUAGUAUUGGGUCCUUCUGUUCUCGGACGAAACAAAGCAUUUGCAGAAGCAGUUUUUCCAUUAAGAAGUGUGAUGGUGAUUGAAACAAUGGCAAAUGUUGGUCUUUUGUAUUUUCUAUUCUUGGUUGGAGUAGGGAUGGAUGCAUCUUCAUUACGACGCAUUGGUAAAAAAUCAUUUACUAUAGCAAUUGCAGGAAUGAUAUUACCAUUUGGAACUGGAGCACUAUUUUCCAUUUUUUGGUUGAGAAAUGAUGGGGAUGAAAAUACUACAGCUUUUAUCCUAUUGCUUGGUGUUAUUCUUUCGGUCACUGCGUUUCCUGUUCUUGCUAGGAUCCUCGCCGAACUAAAACUAAUCAACUCAGAGUUGGGAAGAGUUGCUCUUUCAUCUGCACUUAUUAAUGAUGUUCUAUCAUGGGUACUUUUGGCUAUUGCAAUUGCUUUGGCAGAGAAUGAAAGAGUGACAUUUGCAUCUUUAAUGGUUGUAUUGUCAAGUGCAGCAUUUGUUGCUUUUAAUGCUUUUGUUGUAAGACCGAUAAUUAUGUGGAUAAUAAGAAAAACACCAGAAGGUGAAUCAUUCAGUGACUUCUAUAUAUGUUUGAUACUAGCAGGUGUGAUGAUCUCAGGUUUUAUCACUGAUGCUAUUGGAACUCAUUCUGUUUUUGGAGCUUUUGUGUUUGGUUUGAUCAUCCCAAGUGGUCCACUUGGUUAUGCUCUUAUUGAAAAGCUUGAGGAUUUUGUUUCUGGCCUUCUACUUCCUCUAUUUUUUGCAAUCAGUGGAUUAAAGACUAAUGUUGGACUCAUCAAUGGUUUUUCUACAUGGGCAAUUUUAAUCAUUCUUGUUGUAUUGGCUUGUGUUGGUAAAGUGGCUGGAACUUUAAUUAUUGCUCUUAGUUAUCAAAUGUCAUUAACCGAAGGUGCUGCACUUGGCAUGCUUAUGAACACGAAAGGCCUUGUGGAAAUUCUUGUUCUUAACAUUGGUAGGGAUCAAAAGGUUUUGGAUGAAGGGUCAUUUGCAACUAUGGUAGUUAUAACUAUAAUGAUGACUAGCGUGAUUGUACCUGGAAUAUCAAUUAUAUAUAGACCAUCGAGGGGAAUGAUAUCCUACAAAAGAAGAACAGUUCAAAUGUCCAAAAAAGAUACUGAGUUUAGAGUAUUAGUGUGUAUUCAUACCCCUAGAAAUGUUCCAACAAUGAUCAACCUUCUUGAAGCCUCUAAUCCAUCAAAAAAGUCACCAAUAUGUGUAUAUGUGCUCCAUUUGGUUGAACUUACCGGUCGAACAUCUGCAUUACUCAUUGUUCAUACCUCUAGAAAAUCAGACAACCCUACUCUCAACAGAACUGAAGCUCAAUCUGAUCACAUAAUCAACGCCUUUGAAAACUACGAACAACACACCGAACAUGUAUCAGUCCAACCUUUAACAGCAAUCUCCCCAUACUCCACAAUGCAUGAAGAUAUAUGCAAUUUAGCUGAGGAAAAGCGUGUUGCAUUUAUAAUCAUCCCUUUUCAUAAACAGCAAACAGUUGACGGAGGGAUGGAAGCAACGAACAUGGCAUUUCGAACUGUUAACCAAAAUGUAUUAGCGAAUUCGCCUUGUUCUGUUGGAAUUCUAGUAGAUAGAGGAUUAAAUAGUUCAAACCGUUUAGUUGCUGAUCAAAUGUCUCAUCAUGUAGCAGUUUUGUUUUUUGGUGGAGCAGAUGAUAGGGAAGCGUUAAGUUACGGUUGGAGAAUGUCAGAACAUUCUGGAAUAAGUCUAACAGUUAUGCGUUUCGUUCCCGGAGAAGACAUAAUGAUGAUGAAAGAUAAUGCCAACAAUCAAGAGAAACAAAGAGUGUUAGAUGUUGAAACAGAUGAAAAUAAUAAUGAGAAACAACUUGAUGAGAAGUUUUUGCAUUGGUUUAUGAUGUGUCAUGUGAAUGAUGAUUCAAUUGCAUAUAUUGAGAAAGUAGUUAAUAAUGGAGAGGAAACAGUUGGUGCUAUAAGGUCAAUGGGUGAUGUUUUUGGGCUUUUUAUUGUAGGAAGAGGACAAGGAAAUAUAUCACCACUUACAGCAGGACUCACUGAUUGGAGUGAGUGUCCUGAAUUAGGAGCUAUUGGUGAUUUGUUAGCAUCUUCUGAUUUUGCAACAAUUGCUUCAGUUUUGGUAGUUCAACAAUAUGUUGGUGUUGGUUCGGAAGAUGGAUUAGGAACACCAGUGUUAACAAACGAAGAUUAUGUUAAUCAUCAUUCAUCAGUUACCCCACCAAGGGGUCAUCAAACUGUAUUUAAUACAUAACGAUUGUCAAUUCAGGUUGUAGCAUAAUACCAAACUCAAUAUUUAGAUAGGCUCAAUGGACAGCUAUAGAGGA